GAGGUUGAUGGUGCUCGGCGAGAGAAGGAAGCGGCCGAAGGGAGAAGUGCUAGGCUGAGGGGGCGCCCGGAAACGGAACCGGCGGCGGCCUUCCAGCCGCGGGUGCGGGGGUGGAUGGUGGAGGGAGGUGGUGUGCGGCCUGUGGAGUCGGCCGGUGGUGAGGGAAAUGGAAGGGGUGUACGAGGAGGCGGACAAAGGGAGGGGAAAUGGGAGCGGGGCGGUGGCGGCGGAAGUGGGUUAGGAGAGGCACAAAAGGAACCGGACGCAGGUUGGGGCCUGAUGAAACCCCCGUGGAGUCGGUCCGUGGGAGUGUGAAGGGAAGAGGGGUUUUGAUCUGAGAAGAAGGGAGGGAAAAUGGGAGCAGGGAGGGUUUCGGCGGAUGGGAUGGCAGAGAGAAAGCUGCCGCGAGAGAUGAGCAGCAGCAGGAAGCGGCGAGGCGGUGGAAGGGGGGGUGGCACGACGGCGGUGCGGAGGGGCAGUGUGCUUGGUGAAGCUGCGAGAAGCGGCGAAGCGGCGGGAGGGGGGGUGGCACGACGGCGGUGCGGAGGGGCGGUGUGCUCGGUGAAGUGGAAGGCGGAGUGGCUGGAGGCGGCACUGCAGGCUGAGCUCGGCGCCGACGGCGAAGGAAGCGGUGGAGACAGAGAUGAAGAUACUUAGUUCUAGAUGUGGAUCCUACUAUGGGAGUGAGAUUAGAAGUAAGAUUUGAAAAUAUCUGUAUAGUUUAGAUUUAAUGUUGUUAUAACCUUUUUAUCGGAUUAUUAUUUGAGGUUUAAUUGAUCUAAGACUUUAAAACUUUAUUUCAUAGUUCAAUUUGGUAUUUAAUUGAAUUAUGGCUUUUAGUUAUUUAAA